CACCGACAAGAACAGUGUCCUGUCAAGCGCAUUCAUUGAUGACGAGAUGCGAGAUCCUAAUUGGAAUGCAAAUCUUUCAGUCAACAACUUGUUGAGGAGGGUGCACAGUUGGUGAAUAUGAUCGAAAACAGCAUCAGCUCGGCCUGCUGUCAACAACUGAUAGUGGUUUAGAUGACGAUGAUGCCAUUGGUGGUGCCCCACUCGAUCCAGGUGAUUGCAGAAAAUGAACGAGAACUGCCCUCUACUUCUAGAACUUCUAAGUUUGUGAUGUCUAUCUAUCUACUAGUUGCUGUUAUAAAUGAAAACAUCAUGCCGAACACCGACAAGAACAGUGUCCUGUCAAGCGCAUUCAUUGAUGACGAGAUGCGAGAUCCUAUUUGGAAUGCAAAUCUUUCAGUCAACAACUUGUUGAGGAGGGUGCACAGUUGGUGAAUAUGAUCGAAAACAGCAUCAGCUCAGCCUGCUGUCAACAACUGAUAGUGGUUCAUAGUGGUUCAGAUGACGAUGAUGCCAUUUGUGGUGCCCCACUCGAUCCAGGUGAUUGCAGAAAAUGAACGAGAACUGCCCUCUACUUCUAGAACUUCUAAGUUUGUGAUGUCUAUCUAUCUACUAGUUGCUGUUAUAAAUGAAAACAUCAUGCCGAACACCGACAAGAACAGUGUCCUGUCAAGCGCAUUCAUUGAUGAUGAGAUGCGAGAUCCCAAUUGGAAUGCAAAUCUUUCAGUCAACAAUACACAUGACAAAGAAUGAUCGCAAGCAAGAGACCUGGGCCGGCCCAUCAUAUGGAGUGACUGUAUGAGUGGAAUACAACCAAUGUCACUUGUUGAGGAGGGUGCACAUUUGGUGAAUAUGAUCGAAAACAGCAUCAGCUCGGCCUGCUGUCAACAACUGAUAGUGGUUCAGAUGACGAUGAUGCCAUUUGUGGUGCCCCACUCGAUCCAGGUGAUUGCAGAAAAUGAACGAGAACUGCCCUCUACUUCUAGAACUUCUAAGUUUGUAAUGUCUAUCUAUCUAGUUGCUGUUAAUGAAAACAUCAUGCCGAACACCGACAAGAAUAGUGUCCUGUCAAGCGCAUUCAUUGAUGACGAGAUGCGAGAUCCUAAUUGGAAUGCAAAUCUUUCAGUCAACAACUUGUUGAGGAGGGUGCACAGUUGGUGAAUAUGAUCGAAAACAGCAUCAGCUCAGCCUGCUGUCAACAACUGAUAGUGGUUCAUAGUGGUUCAGAUGACGAUGAUGCCAUUGGUGGUGCCCCACUCGAUCCAGGUGAUUGCAGAAAAUGAACGAGAACUGCCCCUCUACUUCUAGAACUUCUAAGUUUGUGAUGUCUAUCUAUCUAGUUGCUGUUAUAAAUGAAAACAUCAUGCCGAACACCGACAAGAACAGUGUCCUGUCAAGCGCAUUCAUUGAUGACGAGAUGCGAGAUCCUAAUUGGAAUGCAAAUCUUUCAGUCAACAACUUGUUGAGGAGGGUGCACAGUUGGUGAAUAUGAUCGAAAACAGCAUCAGCUCAGCCUGCUGUCAACAACUGAUAGUGGUUCAUAGUGGUUCAGAUGACGAUGAUGCCAUUUGUGGUGCCCCACUCGAUCCAGGUGAUUGCAGAAAAUGAACGAGAACUGCCCUCUACUUCUAGAACUUCUAAGUUUGUGAUGUCUAUCUAUCUACUAGUUGCUGUUAUAAAUGAAAACAUCAUGCCGAACACCGACAAGAACAGUGUCCUGUCAAGCGCAUUCAUUGAUGAUGAGAUGCGAGAUCCCAAUUGGAAUGCAAAUCUUUCAGUCAACAAGUUCUGAGGCAUGACACGUACGUAUGACACACACACUCUCUGCCAUAUAGAGUGAUGUUGAACAAGCUGGUUCUGAAAUAUGUUAAAAAGCUCAGUUCUGAUGCUCAGACCUUAGGGUUGGAGGAGGGCUUCCACUUCACCUACCACCAGGCAAUGAGUGAGUGAGCAGAAUCUAUGCCGACAGACAGAGUGUGGUGGAGGAAGUCAUCCGGCUGGUGAAGACUGGAGAGACCUAUGACGUAAACUAUGUAAUGACUGAUGAUACUCCAAAUCUGGCCUCGCUGCACACACCGCCACCUGCUUCCAAGGAAGAGGCUGUAUUGAUUGCACUUGCAGCAUCGAAGUCGCUUCAACAAGAACGCCUGCUGAGAGAUAGACAUGCACCAGCCUCAAGAACUCAUGCACACAUUGUGUAGGCAGUUACUGUGUAGAUGAUGUAGACUGACUGCAUGACGUGUUGAGAACUUCUCGAUCACUGGCUUCCUGGAUAAAUGAUGACAAGCUCUGAUAAUAUCAGCUUUUUAUAGUAGUACUCGAGGCCCUAGUUUCUGGAAGUUCAUAUUAUUGCGCAGUGAAAAAGUCCCAAGCAUGCAUGAAAAAUUUUAAGAAUGCAAAUUUUGAAUUAACAAUGUUCACUCGAAGUUUUAUUACAAAUAAAAAUAGAAGAACAUUAUUGAUAAA